AUGGACCUAAUUUGGGAACCGGAAGAGGUUCUACACAUGGAGGGCGACACAGACGAGGAGGACAAACAGGAGGGAAACGGGUGCAAGCAAGGGGAGCAAAGGGACGAAGGGGAACCGGAAGAGGGAAAGAGGCCGAAAGGGACCGCGGGGACGCACAGGGGGAAACGCACGGGGAGGGGAGAAGAGGAACGAGAGGACCCAUACUUACCCAAACAUGGAUUAAUAGGUUCUACACAUGACUAUGAGGACAAACAUGAGUGA